AUGCAUCGUACCAAAACAUCGAUAUUUGCGAUGUAUCGAUGCUUUUCCGAAACCUCUAUGCAGUAGCGAUUUCGGCGAAGAAAAUGAACAUUCUUCCGAAGAAAAGAUGGCACGUACGAACGAAGGACAAUAUCGCCCGUGUUCGGCGGGACGAAGCGGCAGCUAAGGAAGAGGAACAAAAGAGAAAGGAUAAAUUGCAAUUGGCGGAAAGUGAAGCGCGAAUAAACUUUCUAAGGAAGAAGUCUGGUUUGCCAGAGCGUCGCAAUAGUAACAUUCAAGAAAGCUUGGGAUUAUCUACUAAAGAUGAUAUCAGCGCUGAUCCGCAACACGUAAAUUUAUUCGCUGAUUAUAGAUCACAUAUUAAAACUACAAAUAAAGCAUUAGAAGAAGAAAAAAAGGAAGAGCGAGAGAAAUAUGAAAAGCAAAUUGGCUACCUAACAUAUUUAGGACAAGACACAAAUGAGUCGUUAAAAUUGCGAAGCUGGUACGAGGUGGCACCACAAAGAGAAAAAGUCGGCGAAGUCAAUACCCUCGAAAAGGAUUUAAAAAACAAAGAAUCUCAAGACCCUCUGACACUUAUUAAUGCAUUAUUACCCAGCGACCAGUUGAAGACUGAAAGGCCUACUAUAUCCAAAUUUUCGUUAGAAAAAAAUGAACCAUCAACGUACCCUCUCCUAAGUGGGAAGAAAAUAAAAAAAAAUUAUCAAAAAGAGGAAAAACGGAAGUUUCGCAAAGAAAAGAAGCAUAAGAAACGUAAACACAGACAUAAAAAAGACGAAGCUAAAAAGGAUAAGCGGUACCUUAGCACAGAAAGUGAAAGUGAUUCGGAGGAACGGCAACGGCUUAAGCGCGAAAAAAUAGAAAAACUUCGAAAGGAACGACUACAGCGAGAGGCUACUGAACGGGCACGUCAAGAAGCACUUCUAACACCAAAGAAUAGUACGCAAGAAUUGAAUACAAAAGAAGCUCCCGCUACACGAAUUGUACAAAAGUACAAUAGCCAAUUCAACCCCGAAAUAGCAAAACAAAAUAUUAUUUAAUUUGUAUAUACCUUGCAAAGUUAUUUUAUUUGUGCAUAUAAUACAUAUUCAUUCCGGUGUAGACCAAAGUUGAUAUUUAAGCAUUCUUUGCGCAACGGAAGCCCAAGUUUCCGGAUGAACUAUCUGCAGUGUUUUGGGAACGAGCAGCACACCGAUACCGAAAGCAAUAGGAUUCAUGACAUAAGUAGGAACCACCUUUCUUUACACGCUGAGCAUUCGGACCAACCUCAUCUUUUUGCCAGCUGUCUUGUGUCCAUUCCCAAACAUUUCCCACAAUGUUAUAAAUAUCAUAGUCGUUUUGACGGAAUUCGCUGACAGGACAGGUUAUGCCAUAGCCAUCGGCCGCAGUGUUAUCAUCUGGGAAUUCGCCUUGCCAAAUAUUCAACCUAUAUCAUAAAUUCCCGUGGAAAUCAAAUAAUAGUACAAUUUUUGACAUACCAAUGUUUGCCGCGUGGUGAUAAUUUAUUUCCCCAAGGAAAGAGUUUGCGUUUCUUUCCCCCUCGACAUGCAACCUCCCACUCUGCUUCUGUGGGCAACCGUUUUCCUGCCCAGUUGCAAUAAGCUACCGCAUCAUUCCAGGACA